UAACACUCGUUUUUUUUUUCAGGACUCCUGGUCAAGAAGCUAAGGAUAACAAGAAAUUUCUGAAUAAGAGACAUAAUGAGUUUAUGAAGAGACAAAUUUUGAAAAGUUUGUAUCCAGAGGAAAAUGCUGAGCAGCCGGAGAAUUCAGGACUUAAAGAAAAGAGAAGGUCCAAAAAGCACAGGACAACACCAGAAUCAACUGACAUUGCUACAGAACCGAAUGAAACUUCGACUGAAGCUGUGAUAGCAAGCCCGACCUUAGAAUCAGAGAGUAACAGCGAACCUGCGAAGAAAAAGAAGAAGAAGAAGAAGAAGGAAGCUGCAUCUUACGAAGCCGAUGAUUCAAACAUUGCUGUCGUUUCAGCAGUUAAUGAGGAAUUAGCUGACUCUAGGAAGGAGGAGAAGAAGAAAACCAAGGUCGUGUCAUCAGAACCUUCAGAAACUGUGCCGUCUGCAAACAGUCAGACACCUCAGAAAAAUGUUUUGGAAUCAAAGAAGAAAGGAAAGGAGAAGCAAGUAAAGAGCAUAAGUCAGACAAGGCUGGCAGCGUACGGUCUGGGUUGAGGUUUUGUAGUUCCUUUUUAUUCUUUCGUCGGCUCACAAUCAGCAGUUAUUUUAUUUAUCUUCCUUUAAGUUUUUAUCGGGUAAUUUAUUAAAGUUGGUGUGUUUGAUCAAUGAUGUAAUAUGGCAAUAACUACAAUUUUUUCAACAAAA